AUGAUACGUAACCCUUGCUAUAUUGAAGACGGCACGUUUAUAGAUCCAUACGACUACACACCUUAUCUAGCUAAUAUAAGCCUUCCUGUUACGAUAUUCAACAGCAUUCUCCUAGCUUUAAUCGUUAUCUCAUAUAUUCCUCAGCUGGUGAAGAUGUACCGAACAAGAUCCGUUUACAGUAUUUCGUUCAUCUUUUUACACGUUGCUUCAUACUCUCUCUUAUUUUCCACUAGUGUAUUCUAUAUCACCACCCUUCCUCAAAUUUUCGCCUGUCCUCAAAACCCAGGCUUAUGCUAUUCAAACAUGAUCCCCUUUCUGCAGAGCUCUGCCUUCCUAUUGGGGUUCAUAUGGUGGUAUGCACUCACUAUCCGUUUAUUAUAUGUGUCAAAGGUCAAGACCAAUCAUGCAACCUCAUCUGAAGCCGAGCCUACCAGUGAUCAAGGAGAUGUUCAAAGAGCUAAGUGUCAUGUACUUGCUUUCUUCCUAUUUUUAGGUGUUAUGCUAUCCAUCAUCGCAGCAGCUACUGUAAUUGUGAUCUUCUAUGGUAUGUGUACCCCAUGGGUCCGUGGAUUUACUUUGGCACUGUCCAUCACAUCCCUUUUCUUUAACCUGGCACAGUUCAGUCCCCAAAUUUACCACACAUGUAAAGUCAAAUCACCAGGAAGCAUGUCUGUCUUACUUUCAAGUAUCCAGUUCAUUGUCGUCUUAUGUAUGUUCGUUUUUGCUAUCAUAUCUAAGGCUAAUUGGAUGACCUACUUAACAAUGACUUCUUCGACUGUACAGCUAUUUGUCUUGACGGUUGCAUUAAUUAUAUACACGUUUAGGGACAGGAGAAAGAAGAGUAAGAACGAUAACAGCGAAGAUAAGGAGCUCAUGGUUCAGAACCCGGAUAUUGGAGACCGUACAGACGAAUGCGACUCAGAUAGCAACGAAGUAGGAAAGCAGAGUGGGGUGUCAAUGAGCAGUAAAGUAAUUUGA